UCCUAUUUGUCAAAUGUCAAAGAAAGAAGGGACAUAAAUCUGUUAUAACUUGAAUCAUGGCGGACAAAUGUUUUGACCUUCCAAUAUUUACAGUUGACGCUUUUACAGACGAACCAUUUUGUGGCAACCCUGCAGCAGUAUGCUUGGUUCCUCAUGGAAAGACAUUGGACGAAACACUUCUACAAAAGAUAGCUGCUGAGAUGAAUUUGUCAGAGACGGCUUAUAUAGAACAUCUAUCUGAAAACAGCAACUUCUCCACAAGUAGCGAGUUCAAACUCCGGUGGUUCACACCAACAAAUGAGGUGCCUUUGUGCGGACAUGCUACUUUAGCCUCUGCAGCGGCAUUGUUCUUUUGCUCGAAUAACUCAAGCGGCGCUAUCACGUUUAGAAGUAAGAGUGGUCCUUUGAUUGCUCGUCGUGAUGGAGACGGUAUAACGUUAGAUUUUCCCACCAACCCAGUGCAACCUUACGAUAAAAAGGCUGUAUUACCUAUCAUUAAGGAGAUAUGUGACCCAGAUUUGGUCAGUGAUGUACAGUAUUCACCGGGAACCAAAAAGCUACUACUACGAUUACAAGACAAUGUUUCCAGGAAAAUAUUUGACGGUAUAUGCCCAGACCCACGUGCAUUACAAGCCACAGACAGCACGGGAACAGUAAAGGGUGUCAUAGUAACCGUACAGGGAGGUUUAGGAAUGACGGUUAAAUCAGAUCAAUCUUUUGACUUUGUUUCGAGAUAUUUUGCACCAUGGAAUGGAAUACCAGAGGACCCAGUCACAGGCUCAGCACAUACAGUUUUGGCUGACUACUGGAGAAAACAAGGGAAAAACUGAGUUUUUC